GGGGCUGAGUCUCUGCUGGACCUGCUGGCACUCUCCCGAUCAUCAUCUUCUCCACAUCCCCACACAACGCACAGGACACCACACACGCACCGUCCGAACACACAACAGACUCACAACCUUUCUCAGUUGUGUUUUUGUAACGACACACCAAUCUGGACAGUCAUGGGCAACGUGCAGCCCACAAUCGUCCCAUUUGAGGACUUUGAUGUUACGGCUGACAUAAAGGCCAUUCGACAAGCUUGUAAAGGUUUAGGCACAGAUGAAGAAGCCAUUAUUCAAAUACUUGCCAAUCGCUCAUCAGCCCAGCGUCUGGAAAUAAAAAAUGCUUACUUUGAAAAGUAUGAUGAUGAGUUGGAAGAGGUCCUGAAAAAAGAGUUGACUGGUAGCUUUGAGAACGCCAUAAUUGCCAUGUUGGACCCGCCAAAUGUCUACUUUGCCAAGGAGCUGCGAAAGGCCAUGAAGGGGGCGGGGACCAAUGAAGCCGUUCUUGUGGAAAUCCUGUGCACAGCUACUAAUGAGGACAUCAUCAGCUACAAAGAGGCCUAUGUACAGGUGCAUGAAUGUGAACUGGAGGCUGACAUAGAGGAUGACACCAGUGGAGAUGUGAGGAAUCUUCUCAUCUCACUCCUGCAGGCGAGCAGAGAUGAGGGUUUCGAGGUGGAUGAGGGUUUAGCUGAACAGGAUGCUGCGUCAUUAUUUGAGGCAGGUGAAGGCAUGUUUGGCACAGAUGAGUCGACCUUCAGCUACAUCCUCACACACCGGAACUACAUGCAGCUCCAGGCCACUUUUAAAGCCUAUGAGACACUAUCAGGAAAAGACAUCUUGGACACUAUUGACUCUGAGGCCGCAGGAACUUUAAAGGACUGUUAUGUGACUCUAGUCCGUUGUGCCAAGAAUCCUCAGCUGUACUUUGCACGGCGCCUUAACGCUGCUAUGAAGGGGCUCGGCACCGAUGAGGACACACUCAUCCGCAUGAUUGUGGGUCGCUCUGAGAUUGACCUGGAGACGGUGAAGGAUAUGUACCUGGAAAAGUAUGAUGUCCCCUUGAAAGAAGCCCUCGAUUCAGAGUGUGGUGGAGAUUUUAAACGUCUUCUCCUGGAAAUCAUACACUAAAACAUAAUUCUUCCUUUCUCUGGCCUAACUUAACAAAGUCAGGCCGGCUUCCCCAUUUUUCCUCCUGCACUGUGUGUAAUGCCCAUCCUCCUUGCUUUCACAUACAGAACAAUACUCCUUAUUAGCUUGCUGUCUACUUAAAUAUGUAGCCUACUGUUGUGUCUUUGCGGUUUUGGGCCAAAAACCAAAAAAUGUUGCCACAUGUUGUUAACUGCCAUUUAUCGUGUCUUCAAUAUUUAUAAAGUUUCAUACAGUAUUGUUGUAAUUCUAUAUGCAUCCUCAUACGUCUAUGUAAAAUUGUAUACAGUAUACGAUAUUUACAGUGAGGCAAAUAAGUAUUUAGUCAACCACCAAUUAUGCAAGUUCCCCCUCUUGAAAAUAUUAGAGAGGCCUGUAAUUGUCAACAUGGGUAAACCUCAACCAUGAGAGACAGAAUGUGGGGGAAAAAAACAGAAAAUCACAUUGUUUGAUUUUUAAAUAAUUUAUUUGGAAAUCAUGGUGGAAAAUAAGUAUUUGGUCAAUACCAAAUGUUCAUCUCAAUACUUUGUUAUGUACCCUUUGUUGGCAAGCUCUCUAAUAUUUUCAAGUGGGAGAACUAUUUGUGGUUGACUAAAUAAUUAUUUACCCCACUGUAAAUCUCAUCUAGUAUGUCUUCAUUGCAUUCAGAUUGUCUCACUAUUUGUGUAAAUGCCCGUUUAUUUUUGCUGCGUUGCAAAUGUAAAGCAAUUUGCCUCAAAAAUGUCUUUCCUAGACAUGCAAAGGAUUUACUGCUGCAAACCUCAACACAAAAGUGCCGAAUGAUCACAUUAGAUAUCUGUGUGAUUAAUAUUCAUAACAGUAACUUCAAUCAGACUGUUUAGGUACAUUUUGUUUGUUUAGGGCAUCGUCAGGCCCUGUGGGAUUUUUUAAAAGCCUAUUUUAUCAUAGUAACAAAUUACAGUUUUCUCAUUUAUGUUUGGAUAUUUCAGGCAAUUAAAAUGUCUUAUAUUUACAAAUGCACUAAAUGUACUAAAAGGAUGAAGUUUGCUUUUAAGAUGGUUAGACACUGCUGGUAAAAUUGAGCUAGACGAAUGUUGUCGCUGAUAAUGAAGGCAACUCUAUGUUAUUUAAAUCUGAAAUGAUAGUGGCUGCAACUAUAGACUGUUAUAUCGUCCUCAACCAAAUUAACUAACUAGACAAUGAAAGGUGUUGAUGUAUGAUAUUGACAUGUAACGUGGUAUAUAGGAACAAGAAAAUAAAAACUGACUAAACCCUUAAA